AUAGACUCCUUGUAUAGCAAAAUAACCUUCUAUGUAGACUCCUGGUAUGGAAAAUAACCUGUAAUGUAUAAGAGGCUGCUUUAUGCCGAGAGCAGGGGAAGGAGAACAUUCUGCAAAGUUAAUAAAUUGAUUAACUAUCUUGGUACUCUGCUUUUGGGCUUGAAUAGAUUAACAUGGUAUCAGAGCUUCUUCCAAAUCCUUGCUUGCCUCUGUCUUGAAUUUUCCUUUGGCUUUUGCUGUAGUUGCCUUACUCAUCUUGGACCCAUCUUUUUCAUAUUACUCCUGGUGGAAAGUGUGCAGGCGAGAGAGAAGGAGUGGUUGUUGGAUCCUUAAUUUCCAACUUUGUGUUAUUCUUGUUUUCUCUGCUGCUAUUCUUCACAGUUCUUGGUUUCAAAAUCUGCAAAUCUGUCGUGCUUUUCUGGUGCAACUCUAGUGCAACUCUUGGGUUUCUAGUGCAACUCUUGGCUGUUUCAGAUCUUCCUUCUUUGGUGGUGUUCUUGGUAUUUUCAGAAUCAUUCUUCUUCGUUUCAGAUAUUGGGUUUCUAGUGCAACUCUUGGCUUCAGAAUCUGGUGUGUAUCCCUCUUCCAUUGCACUAAUCCCUGUCAGUUUCAGUUUCAAAAUCUAUUUCUUUUCAGCUUUAUCAUGUCUUCGGAUAAGCUAGACUUGUUUCAUAUCCGUCUUAAUGGGAAAAAUUAUUCUGCUUGGGAGUUUCAAUUUCAAUUAUUCGUCAAAGGGAAAGAACUGUGGGGGCAUAUUAAUGGGAGUAAUCCUGCACCUACAGAUGUCGAUGCUUUGUCUAGAUGGGAAAUCAUGGAUGCUCGAGUUAUGACCUGGAUCCUUAGCUCAAUAGAACCUCAUCUUGUUCUCAAUUUGAGGCCUUAUAAAACUGCUGCUGCUAUGUGGAAUUAUCUAAAUAAGGUUUAUAAUCAGGAUAACACAGCUCGGCGUUUUCAAUUAGAGUAUGAGAUGGCUAACUUCACACAAGGAAGUCUCUCUAUUGAGGAAUACUUUUCCGGUUUUCAAAAUCUUUGGGCUAAUUAUUCAGAUAUUGUUUAUGCUAAUGUUCCUACUGCAGCUCUCUCUGCUGUUCAAGCAGUGCACGACACAAGCAAGAGAGAUCAAUUCUUGAUGAAGCUCCGUUCUGAUUUUGAAACUGCACGCUCUAAUUUGAUGAAUCGGCAUCCUGUACCAUCUUUAGAUGCUUGUUUGAGUGAACUUCUUCGUGAGGAGCAGCGUAUUAUAACUCAGGCGACUAUGGAACAUAGGGCAAAUGUUAGUGCACCUGUUUCUAUAGCUUAUGCAGCACAGGGGAGAAAUAAAGGUAGAAAUAUGCAUGGUGUCCAAUGUUUUAGUUGUAAAGGUUUUGGUCAUAUUGCUCGGGAUUGCCCUAAGAAAUUCUGCAACUACUGUAAGAAACAUGGUCAUAUCAUCUCUGCUUGUCCCAUUCGACCUGAAAGGAAACAAGGAACUGCUUAUCAUGCCUCCAUUGGUGCCUCUGGUUCUGCUGCAUUGCCUAUUGCCUCACCUGUUGUUCCUAUUCCUACUCCUACAGGCUUAGCAAACCCGAAUACACUUACUCCUGAAAUGGUACAACAAAUGAUCAUUUCUGCUCUUUCUGCUCUUGGGUUCUCAGGAUCAAGCGUCAGGGAAGAUGAUCGCGAAGGGGCCUAAAGUGGGACGACUCUUUCCUCUUCAUAUUUCUCAUUCCACCAAUAUUUCUAGUUUUCCUUUACUUUCCUUUGCAUGUAAUUUUAUUGGUUCUGAAAAUAAGAGAUGGCAUAAACGUCUAGGCCAUCCAAACUCUGAUGUACUUCGCACUUUGAUUAAUUCUGGA